AUGAGCACCGUUAGCACAGUUACAGCACUAGUAGUUUUGAUGCUCUCAACACAUCUCGCACAACAAACUUUAACUUUUCCUCCUUUUAACUGUACAAUUGAUUUUUCAUUUCGCUAUAAUGAUGAACGACGACUACUGGACUAUUUGAUGACAAACUAUGACAACACUAUUAGACCGGUUCUCAAUGCCAGCGAUCCAGUGAUCAUACGUUUGGGCAUUACAUUGACACAGAUAUUUGAUCUGGAUGAAAAAAAUCAAGUGCUAACUACAAACGUUUGGUUAGAUCAGGAAUGGAUCGAUGAGUUCCUCGCAUGGAAUUCCUCAUCGUUUGGUGGGUUAACCAAAAUCCGUAUCCCCUGUGAAAAGAUAUGGAGACCCGAUAUUGUACUCUAUAAUAGCGCUGAUGACUAUACGCAGGGCUAUAUGAACUCACGCGCCAUCAUAGAGCCCAGUGGUAACGUGUUUUGGCCGCCGCCCACCAAAUUCCGUAGCACGUGUCAGGUAGAUGUCACGUACUUUCCGUUUGACGAUCAAACGUGCAAGCUCAAAUUAGGUUCAUGGAUUUACGAUGGUUUACAGGUAGAUGUACUAAAUAGGACAGGUGAAAUUGAUAUGAGUAACUAUGUACCAAACGGGGAAUGGGAUCUACUGGAGGCUACCAUUCAGCGCAAUGUUGUCCGCUACCCGUGCUGUCCGGAACCGUUUCCCGAUGUGACCAUAACGUUGACCAUACGGCGCAAAAUAUUGUACUAUACCUACAAUGUUAUACUUCCCUGUAUGAUGCUAUCGGUGCUCACACUACUAGUAUUUUGUAUACCUCCCGAUUCGGGCGAAAAAAUAGCACUCGGAGUAACCGUAUUGUUGGCCUUUUCGGUGUUUAUGUUAGCCAUAUCGGAAAAAUUACCCGAAACUUCCGAAUCUAUACCAUUAUUAGGUAUAUAUUUAACAGUAGUUAUGGCCAUUACAUCCGUAUCGGUAAUAAUGACGGUAAUUGUGCUUAACUUUCACUAUCGCGGACCAGUUAAACGCAAAAUACCCGAUUGGAUCAAAUAUAUUACUAAACUAUCAAACAAUGACUUAAGUGAACAAUUAAAUAAUCAUAGUAGUAGUCAUCGCAAUCUGUCGUCACCGAUACCACAACCACCACCGCUGACAACAUUGAUCGACACAUACGGUCAUCGAUACGCACAGAGUAGCGAAUCGUUGAUCAAUAUUGAAGACAACUAUAAACUAUUGUUAAACAUUAGUCGUACAAAAUCGUGUACACGUUUGCUAAAUAAUUAUAACAACACAACCACCACUACAGCCACUGCCAACACUACAGCUACCGGUGCUGGAAAAACACCAGUAAUUAGUGAUAAUCAUCAUCAUCAGCAGCAACAACAACACCAACAACACGUAUGCUGUUGCUCCGGUAGUAGUUGUUGUUGUUGUUGUAGUGAUGGUGACAACAAAACUGCUUGUCAACAACAUCGACGACAUCAUUGUGCCAAUUAUGAUAAGCUGAUGACUGCUCACGAAGAUCUAAUCGAUACAAUGUGUCGGUAUAUGCUAUGGAAAAGUGAACUGAAAGCUGGGGACAGUGCGGUAAUACACGAGUGGCGACUAUUGGCACUGUUUGUCGAUCGCAUACUAUUCUGGAUAUUCUUUAUCAUAACGUUUUGUUCAUCCGUUAUGUUUCUGGUAGUCAUUCCUAUACAACAACGAGGCUUUCCUUACUUUACUAUUUAA